AUGGAGGCAUCAAGAAACACAGAUAAACAGGAAAUGUACUUGGUAGUGGUCACCUGUACACUGAUCGCAAUACUAAUUACACUCACAAUUCUCGGAAACACUUUAGUGAUGGUUGCGUUUUACCUUUGUAAAGAACUGCGUACAAUUACUAACUAUUUCCUUGUGUCGCUCUCUCUGGCUGAUUUGAUGACAGCUUUACUAGCAAUGCCAAUCUUUUUGGCUUCUCGAGUUACAUCGGAUGGCGCUAUGUUUCCCGGAGGGGCAGUAUUCUACGAUGUUUGGCGAUCAAUGGAUAUCCUUUGUGGCACGGCAUCAAUAUGGAACCUGUGCUUGGUUAGUUUAGACAGAUUUCUUGCAGUCGCAUCCCCGCUUAAGCACUUAGUUAUUCUCACACCUACUCGAGCUAAGGGAGUCAUUGUGCUUGUAUGGGCAGCCUCUCUUGGUCUCUCUGGAAUUCUACACGUGAACUGGAACCAUAAAGGAGUGUUUAUCACCAUUAUCAGCUUUUUCCUACCACUUAUAAUGAUCAUUUUUUCUUAUGCCAAGAUUUACCAGGUCACCACAAGAACUUGCGUCCUACGGCGUAGCGGGGGUAUGCAGCUUAAAAGAGACAUUCGCUCGGCUAAACAAAUGGUUUUGGUUAUCGGCGUGUUUAUUCUAUGUUGGGUCGGUUUUUUUGUGUUUACCCUUAUCCUUUCCACGAAGCGAUCCACUUCUCCUUCGAUAAAUCCUGGUGUACUAGACUUUGUUAAGUCUCUAACCUACCUUAACUCGUGUAUAAAUCCUCUUUUAUUUACUAUGGUCAGUAGAACUUUUAAGAAAGCCAUUCUCGAUAUUCUUCGAUGCAGGAUACCGCGUAUAAAGCAGGAAAGAUGUAAGUUAUUUGGAGGAAGGCGAAAGCAUUUUGGGUCAUCUUUAGCUUCGUCAUUUUCAAGACAGUCGUCGGCUAGUUUUAAACGAAACUCAGACGCUGCAGGGCUAUGCUUUCGAAAGACUGUUACUCAUAUUGAGAAAGAAACAUGUGUUUAA